UUUCCUAUUCCUCCGAACUGCAAGAUCAUGGCAGAGUCACUGCUUCUCCCUCUAGUGCGUGGCGUGGCUGGCAAGGCCGCAGACGCACUAGUCGAGACGGCGACCCGCAUGUGUGGCCUCGACGACGACCGCCAAAUACUCGAGCGGCAUCUACUAGCCGUCGAGAGCAAGCUGGCCAACGCUGAGGAGAUGAGCGAGAAAAAUCCCUAUGUCAAGAGCUGGAUGAAGGAGCUCAAGUCUGUCGCCUACCAGGCCGACGACGUACUUGACGACUUCCAGUACGAGGUGCUGCGCCGCCAGUCUAAGAUUGGCAAGUCCACUACCCGAAAGGCACUCAGCUACAUCACGCGCCACAGCCCGCUGCUCUUCCGCUUUGAAAUGAGCAGGAAACUCAAGGACGUCCUCAAGAAGAUCAAUAAGUUGGUUACGGAGAUGAACACGUUUCGCUUGGAGAGUUCUGCCCGUACGGAGGAGAGGCAACAUCCUUGGAGGCAGACACACUCAAAACUGGACGAUACUACCCAGAUCUUUGGAAGAGAUGAUGAUAAGGAGGUGGUGGUGAAGUUACUACUGGACCAGCAGGAUCAUCGGAGAGUGCAGGUGCUGCCCAUCAUUGGGAUGGGUGGUCUUGGAAAGACGACUCUUGCUAAGAUGGUCUAUAAUGACCAAGGGGUCAAGCAACAUUUCGAGUUGAAGAUGUGGCACUGUGUGUCCAACAACUUGGAUUUGAUUGCUCUUUUGAAAUCCAUCAUUGAGUUGGCUGUAAGUGGAAGAUGUGACAUGCCUGACACGAUUGAGCUGUUGCAAAAGAAACUUGAGCAAGUCAUUGACCAAAAAAGAUUUAUACUCGUGCUUGAUGAUGUGUGGAAUGAAGAUGAGAGGAAGUGGGAGGAUGUCCUCAGGCCUCUUUUGUGUACUGUUGGUGGACCAGGAAGCGUAAUUGUUGUCACAACUCGAAGCCAGAAAGUAGCCUCUAUAAUGCAGACCCUUGGAAUCCAUAAGCUAGCAUGUCUGAGUGAACAAGAUUCAUGGAAAUUGUUUGCACAGAAAGCAUAUGGCAACGUUGUAGAGCAGGAGCAAGCAGAGUUGGUCAGCAUUGGCAAAUGUAUUGUCAACAAAUGCAGGGGGCUGCCUCUUGCUCUCAAGACAAUGGGUGGAUUGCUGAGUUCAAAGGAAAAGGUACAGGAAUGGAAGGCCAUCGAAGAAAGUAACAUUAGGGAUAAUGAUGGAGGCAAAUAUGAGGUCAUGCCCAUACUCAAGUUAAGCUACAAACACUUGUCCUCUGAAAUGAAGCAAUGUUUUGCAUUCUGUGCAGUUUUUCCCAAGGAUUAUGUGAUGGAGAAGGAUAGAUUGAUCCAAUUAUGGAUGUCAAAUGGCUUUAUUCAAGAAGAGGGAACAAUGGAUUUAAUACAGAAAGGAGAAAUCAUUUUCGAUGAGUUGGUUUGGAGGUCCUUCCUCCAAGAUCGGAAAGUGGCAUUCAUACCUGCUGUCAAUGGUGCUAAAAUGGGCUAUGAUGAGAUUAUAUUAUGUAAAAUGCAUGACUUAAUGCAUGAUCUAGCAAAAGAUGUCACAGAUGAAUGUGCAAGUAUAGAAGAAAUGACUCAACAGAAAGCAAUGUUAAAAGAUGUUUGUCACCUGAAAGUAUCAAAUGAAUUGGAAAAUAUCAGUGGGUUAUGCAAAAGCAUAACAUACCUCCGCACAUUAUUAGCUCCUUCAGUAUCACACAAGAAUGUUAAAGAGUUGCUACGGGUAUCAACAUCACUAAGAGCAUUGCAUUGGUCCGCCUCUUCAACUGUCAUUUGCAAGGCCAUAAAUUCUAAACAUUUACGGUAUCUUGACAUCUCUGGGUCUAGCAUCAUAAGGCUGCCAGAUGCAAUAUGCGUGUUGUAUAACUUGCAAACACUGAGGCUCAUAGAUUGCCAGGAGCUGCAGCAGUUACCAGAAGACAUGGCAAUACUGAGAAAACUCAUGCAUCUUUAUCUUUCUGGUUGUCAUAGUCUCAAAAGUAUGUCUCCAAACUUUGGUCUAUUGAACAAUCUUCACAUAUUAACAUCAUUUGUUGUGGAUACUAAAGAUGGCCUUGGAAUAGAGCAACUCAAAAACAUGCAACACCUUAGCAAUAGAUUGGAACUGUUAAAUCUAAGCAAGAUAAAGAGUGGGGAGAAUGCAAAGGAAGCCCAUCUCAGUCAGAAGCAAAACCUAAUUGAGUUGUUGUUCUCUUGGGACCAAGAAAUAGAUGAUGGGCAUAAGGAUAUGGUCUGUAAUGUAGAAGAAGUACUUCAGUGUUUAGAACCUCAUAGUAAUCUCCAAAAGUUGCUGAUAAAUGGAUAUGGUGGCCUGGAAAUAUCACAGUGGAUGAGAAAGCCUCAGAUGUUUAACUGCUUGAGAGAACUCAGAAUGUCCGACUGCCCAAGAUGCAAGAGUAUACCUGCUGUAUGGUUCUCGGUCUCUCUGGAGACUUUGUCCUUAUAUAACAUGGAUAACCUGACAACAUUAUGUAAUAACCUUGAUGUGGAAUGCGGAGGAUGCAUUACCCCUCUGGAGAUUUUCCCAAGGUUGAAGAAGAUGAGGUUGAUUGAGUUACCAAGCCUGGAGAUGUGGGCAGAAAAUAGUGCGGGAGAGCCUAGUCAUAACCUGGUAACAUUCCCGGUGCUUGAAGAGCUAAGAAUCGAAAAUUGCCCCAAGCUUGCUAGUAUUCCAGUGGCCCCCAUUGUCAGCGAGCUGACAAUAGAUGGAAUUCACAGUACUGCAGUCGGUCCAGUUUUUAUGAACAUCCUUUUGGGCUCUUGGCCACUUCUCGUCAGCUUAACUCUUCGAUCUAAGGAAGACAUAUCCAUAUUAACUCUAGAAGCCCAGCAAAACCGAAGUCAAAUGCCUCUUGAAAAACUUACGAGUUUGACUCUGGAAGGGCCCAACAGCUUGAUCAGAAGCUCCGGAUUGUCCAGCUCACAACUUAUGGUUUGGAAAUGCUUUCCGUUCGUGAGAACUUUGACGAUUAGCAAAUGCAGCAAUCUUGUCCGCUGGCCAACAAAGGAGCUCGGGUGCUUGGAUGGCCUCCGCUAUCUAUGUAUCCAAAAUUGUGAAAACCUGGGGGGGAACACUUCAUCGCCUGAGGAGGAAACCCUUCCACUGUACCUGGAGGUAUUAAAGAUUUCAGAGUGCCGCAGCGUGGUGGCACUGCCUUCGAACCUUGGAAAUCUGGCCAAGCUUAGUAGUCUCUUUGUGCGUUGCUGCAGCGGCCUGAAAGCGCUGCCUGAUGGGAUGUGUGGCCUCACUUGUCUCAGGUCAUUGACGAUUUGGGCUUGUCCAGCUCUGGAGGAGUUCCCGCAUGGUCUCCAGCAGCGUUUGCCAGCCCUCGAACUCCUGAAGAUAGUUGGCUGCCUAGAGUUGGAAAGACGAUGCAGAGAAGGUGGGGAGUAUUUCCACUUGGUCUUCGCUGUCCCAAAUAAAUACUAUAUUUGUUGUUAGGCUUCAUGAAAAUCCAAGCUGCAAGGUGCCCUGGUUGGAAUCUCCAAAUUUUAGCAGAUGCCUCAUCAAUCUCCACGGCUGGGGCUUGGAGGAGAGGGGGCGAGACUUGCCCGCGCUGACGGAGACGAGGAAGGAGCAGAGGAGGUGGAGGGGGAGAGAUCUGGAUGUGCGUCAGGGGCAGCAAUUACGCCCCAGAGCAGAGUUUGUGUUCAUGGAUCCGCUGAUAAUAUAUAUCCCGGAAGUAAAUAUUGUUGCUUGCUUCAUCUCUACUACUUCCUGUACCUGCUUAGAGUUAACUCUGCGUAUGUGGGUUGUGGGGUGGAGUUGUGAACAUUUGCUGCUAACUGUUAGCAUAUGCCCCACCUGGAGACGCCAAGCACAUCUGAUUGUGGUUCUCAGCAGAUUGCCGAUGCCAUGUUGCCAAUGACUUCAGGUUCGCAAAGGUUGAAAUUCAGACAGGCUUUGAAGAGCAUGACCGAGGCAGAGGCGCAUAUGCCUGCAUUCUGAUCAUAGAUUAAAAUCGCGGGAGAAACAAUUUCGCGGCAGCCUCUCCCAGCAGCUAUAGCGGCCGCCAUAGCGGGCAACCGCGGCAAAUAGCGGAAAUUUUUCUGAUGGGAGUGAUGAUUUCGGGAGGGUUUUGCUCAUUGUUCAGCCAUUAAGAGGGAUCUGUGGAGGAUUUCCCGGCAACAGCCAUGGCAUAGCGGCGAGGCUCCCGGGCAGCUAUAGCGCAGCUAUCGCGGCUAUUUCGCGGGCUAUUUUAAUCUAUGAUUCUGAUGCCACUGUCUAAUACUGCAUAUCCAUAGAGACCAAGUGUUUCAGGACAACUACAAGACACCAACUCUUCUUCUAAAUAGUGAUUGGUCCAUUUGGAUUUGGAAGGUCGGAAUCUCAGAAACCCUACAUAACAUGAAGGCAGCGACGAUCGAACUGUAAGAGGAAGCACUAUAAUGUGGGUUGUAGUUUUUUAUGAGCCAGACUCAUGUAUAAUUCAGUGGGCACUAAAGAUGGCGGAUGACAAAGCUGCGAACAUGAGGCUGAAGUUUUUUAUGAGCCACUCCUGGUUCAAAUCUGUGUGUACACAUGUCACAAAGCUCAAAUUGAUUCCGCGAUUUAACAAAUGACCUUCUCUUUGGCUUGA